GAUGCAUCCUUAUCUCUCAGUGUCACUUGACCUAAAUAAACCAGUUCACUUCAAUUAGAAGAGAGAGUGAGAUAUUCACAUACAAGUAACAUUUUGGUUAUUACAGACCGCAGUUAUAUUUCCCCUUUAUUUAUUAUUAACCCCUCCUGCAACAGUUUGCGAUGGAAGACUCCAUUGAAGUGAUCCUUCAAGACCAUGACAGGGUCUUGUCUACCAACAGACCUCAUCCCAUCUUUUCAGCCUGCACAGGUGCUCUUCUCACAGGCCUGUAUGGAUUAUGGAGCCUCUUCACCAUACCAGGCUUCCGCAAAAUCCCGUGGAAGCUCAUGCAUAGAGCUCCAUGCAACAAUGUGGGAAGGAAGAAAGUGGUGCCCUAUUUGCCCUCCAGUAAAGAUCAGACAGCGAAUGUGAUGAAGCUGCUCGAGGGCAGAUCAGGUCGUUUAGCAGAUCUGGGAUCAGGAGAUGGAAGACUGGUGUUUGCAGCCUCUGCUGCAGGUUUCCAGUGCACAGGCUUUGAGAUCAACUCCAUUUUAGUGACAUAUGCUAGGAGCAAGGCCCGCUGGGCAGGAACACCCUCCGGGCAGGCAGUCUUCGUUAAAAAAGAUUUCUGGAAAACUGAUUUGUCUUCAUAUAAUAAUGUGACAGCGUUUCUUGCUCCGGGAGUGAUGGAGGUGCUCGGAGAGAAGCUGGUGAAAGAGCUUUCAGAUGACGCGCUUGUUAUCGCUUGCCGUUUUCCUUUCCCUAACUGGCCACAGCAGUUGUCCGCUGGUUCUGGACUUGACCAGACUUUUGCUUACGACAUCGGCACCGUGCGCUCGUACCUAAAAAAACGUGAACCAAACACAGUGAUGCAAUAAAUGACUGUGACUUAUCAGAACUGUCACUCAAAACAGCACUCAACCCUCCAGGGACUUUGUUCUUGGACAGUAAGUGCAAAAUAAUAUGAUAUGAAUCCCAGACAAAGAGAGCAUAAAUUGGUAGUCUGUCAGUUAUAAACGCUGACCCUGAGCGAUCUUUCAAAGAUGUCUCUAAACAAAGAAGGACUCUGACUAAGCAGCAAAAUGUCAGAAUGAUUUCACUUGACGCCUGCAGUAUUUUUUUUCAGUCUCUGCACUUUCAGAACCAAUGCAGUAUGAGCCAUAUUGCAGAAAUCCUUGCUGUAAAUGUUAUCAUGCAUCACUGUAAAGAAUAUGUCUGUGGCUCUUUGAGAGCUCUCCCACUGCAAAUAAUUUAAUUCCAGCAUCAGCUCUAGUAAACGUCCUCAUUAGCAUGCUGCAAGAGAUACUGUGAAUAGUUUUGUUUCACUUUGGUUUUGUGACGUUGAAGUUAAAUUCAAAUGCUGUGUUUACUUGUGUGUGUGUGUCUAUGUGUGUGCGUGUGUAUGUUUUAAAAUAAAUGUCUUGCUUGAAGUCAUUUUUGAGAUUGGUUUGUUGGGUCUUCCGACAAUACACCUAGUUAUGGCGCGCACAGCCACACUAUAACCAUAAGUGGACAUCUGAGCUCUUUGCAAUACAGAGAUGCAUGCAUUUUAUUAUGAGAGCUAUG